CGUGACGUCACCGGUGGCUAGGCUAGUAGGCUACGAUUUCUUGUAACAGGGGCAGUUCAGUUGUCAGAGCUCUGUCUCUGAGUUAGGUUGACUUAUUUAUUGUCAGUUACACAGCUGGAAUAAAACAUUUAAUCAUCAUGGCUGGAACUUUAGCACGUAAAGCUGUCGACCACCUGAAGAGCAAGGAGUUCAGGGACUAUUUGACGAGCACGCAUUUCUGGGGUCCAGUGGCAAACUGGGGUCUACCCAUCGCUGCCAUCAGUGACAUGAAGAAAAGUCCCGAAAUUAUCAGCGGAAGAAUGACGUUUGCCCUGACGUGCUAUUCCCUCCUCUUCAUGAGAUUUGCUUACAAAGUGCAGCCGAGGAACUGGCUCCUGUUUGCCUGCCACUUAACCAACGAGACGGCCCAGCUCAUACAAGGAAGUCGCCUCAUCAAAUACAACAUGGAAAAGAAGAUUGCUAAGUAACGGACUUGAGAACACCCCUCUCCCCCACCCCCACACAGAGGACUUGGCGGUCUUCUCCGACAGUAGCGGUUAUUAGAAAAUAAACUAAUCAACCCAGACAGCACCUAGCUGUAGAACAUGCCUGGCUUAAUGGUGCAUUCUUUUGAAACUGCGAUUAUCGGAAACCCAGACCUCCGCCUCCGGAAAGUGCAAAAGAACGGGUACUCAACUCGGUGCACUUCAGUGUACUCCGAGUUUGUUUAACAUUAGUGUCAGACAUUUGUAUUGUCCCCAGCUGUUGCAAUAAAACACAUUUACAGCGGUUGUCGAGAGAACAACCUCGGGUCUACCGACAGCCGAGUUUCAAAAGAAUGAGCCAUUAGUCACUGCUUAAUGUGAACCAGGUCUCUUUUAUUGUCAGCUGUUUAUGGGGAAAGUGCUAAUUCCUUUUUCUUUUUUUUAAUUUUCUUUUCUUUCUCAUUUGAUGAACUAAUUUGUUUGUCCAAGUGUUACGCACAAAUAAUGAAAUGGAUGAAAUGUAAAUAUGCCUUGAAUGACAAGUUUUUAAACAACUGUUACAAACUUUUCUGUUUUAAGCAAAAGGGUCUCAUCAUGGAAUAUAAACACAGUGCAGUACAUUAAUGAAACAACAGUAAUUUAAUUUUGAAUAAUUUAUGUAAAAUAAUAAUGUGGCAGUCACUGAACGAACACAAUAAACACUGUAUCAAAGGGAAA